UUGUUGUCAUGUGAAGACCACAUUGUUUAAUACCGGAAGUGAGUUAGUGUCUCAACAUUUGGAAGAAAUGUCCUGCCUGAAUCCAGAAGAAAAUGGGGAUGAAAAGAAAAUUCAAUCUGCUGUGCCCUGCCUUGCACACACAACUCCUCCAAAUGCUGACAGUUUCAGACCAGUAGAACAUCAUGAGAACAGCAUCACCCUGCAGUGGAAUAAAGUCAACAACAAUGUCAGCUUUGUUCUCCAGUUUAAUGGUACAGAGACAAACAUCAGUGUUCCAGAUGAAGAUGGACCAGUAACUCACACAGUCUCAUCUCUCACUGCUGGAACUGAAUACACAUUCACUCUCUACUCUGUGUUUGAGAACGUCAGAAGCAGUGGAGUCAGUAUUACUGCAGCUACUGCUCCUCCAAAUGCUGACAGUUUCAGACCAGUAGAACAUCAUGAGAACAGCAUCACCCUGCAGUGGAAUAAAGUCAACAACAACAUCAGCUUUGUUCUCCAGUUUAAUGGUACAGAGACAGACAUCAGUGCUCCAGAUGAAGAUGGACCAGUAACUCACACAGUCUCAUCUCUCACUGCUGGAACUCAAUACACAUUCACUCUCUACUCUGUGUUUGAGAACGUCAGAAGCAGUGGAGUCAGCAUUACUGCAGUCACUGCUCCUCAGAAUUCAGAAGGCCUAAUAUCAUCAGGACAAACUGAGAACAGCAUCACUCUGCAGUGGAAUAAAGUCAACAAAAAUGUCAGCUUUGCUCUCCAGUUUAAUGGUACAGAGACAAACAUCAGUGUCCCAGAUGAAGAUGGACCAGUAACUCACACAGUCUCAUCUCUCACUGCUGGAACUGAAUACACAUUCACUCUCUACUCUGUGUUUGAGAACGUCAGAAGCAGUGGAGUCAGUAUUACUGCAGCUACUGGUCUUCCAAAUGCUGACAGUUUCAGACCAGUAGAACAUCAUGAGAACAGCAUCACUCUGCAGUGGAAUAAAGUCAACAACAACAUCAGCUUUGUUCUCCACUUUAAUGGUACAGAGACAGACAUCAGUGCUCCAGAUGAAGAUGGACCACACUGUAAAAUCUAA